UGACGGAGAGAGAAGCCAUGGCCGGCGGUCAAACGGAGCGAGAGAGUUGGUAAGACGACUACGUCUCUCGGAAGAAGGCGUGUGGGAUUUGGAGAAGAGAUCGGCGGAGAGAUUGUGAAAUUCCGAGCCCUUCUUGGUAGGCGCGCCCCUGCAUCCGGAGAGAAAUGGCUAACGCGGCGGCGCUGCAGAGAUCAGCGGUCUCCUUCCGGAGGCAGGGCUCCUCCGGCCUCGUCUGGGACGAUCGCUUCCUCUCGGGAGAGCUCGCGCAGCCCAGAAAGUCCGACGCCGUCGGCCUCGACGGCAUAGAAAUCAAGGAGCCGCGCUCACGAGCGCAACAACCGCAACCAGAAGAAGAGGGCGCCUCGGCGGCGAAGAAGGAGCGGAGGAACAAGUGCACGGACAACUUGUGUCCGGCGACCAAACCGUUCCCCGUCACCAAGCGGCGAACCUCGCGGCCGCCGCGUCCGUCGGCGACGACCUGCGGCCUCUGUGGCAUCUUGUGCGGCCAUCCUCCCCCUUCUUCUUCCACUAAGGUGAGGAAGCGCUAGCGCCUAGCGGCCUUCUUCUUCGACCCUCUCCUCGUUGGUUUUGCUCCGUCUCUAGACUUUUGCUUCUCUCCUGUUGUGGUUGUAGUCCUGCAUCAAGUUUGGGCUCCGUUUCAGCAGUUCUCCUUUGUUUUCCCUUGUAAAUUGUUAGGAGUAUACAAGUGUUUCUUGAAUAAUCGAUGUAUGGUGUGAGUAAAUCUUAGAUCAAUGAUAUUAUGGCACGGAAA